ACUUGGGUUUUAGAUUGUGCGAAAUUAGGGUUCUUUCUGUUUUUGCGGAAAGAACACAAUAGAUGGAUAACAGUAGCUUGGAGCACACUGUGCAAGAUGGCAAACUCUACAGGCACCUCAAUUCUCUAAUCGUUGCUCAUCUUCGUGACAACAAUCUCACCCAGGCUGCAAGUGCUGUUGCUUCAGCAACUAUGACACCACUGAAUGUGGAAGCUCCACCUAACAAGCUUCUUGAGCUGUUUGCUAAGGGUCUUGCAGCGGAAAAAGAUGACAUGAUAAAAGGGACUUCAUCUUCUCCCUUUCGCAAUUUGGGUGCAUCAUUGCCGGUGCCUCAUCCCAGCACAACAGCCGUUGAUUUCAGCUCUGUGCCAGAUAUUAAAGGUUCAUCAAAGAGCUUCCCAAAGCAUGAAACACGACACCUUUCAGAACACAAGAAUAUUGCCAGAUGUGCUAGGUUUAGUCCUGAUGGAAGGUUUGUUGCCACUGGAAGUGCAGAUACAUCAAUAAAGCUAUUUGAGGUUUCAAAGAUCAAGCAAAUGUUGCUCCCAGAUGCAAAGGAUGGUCCUGUGCGACCUGUCAUACGAACAUAUUAUGACCAUAUACAACCAAUAAAUGAUCUGGAUUUUCAUCCACAAGGUACUGUCUUGAUUUCUGGAGCCAAAGAUCAAACAAUAAAGUUUUUUGAUAUUUCAAAACCCAAUGCAAAGAGAGCAUACAGGGUUAUCCAGGACACACACAAUGUUCGCUCAGUAUCUUUUCAUCCUUCUGGGGACUUUGUGCUGGCAGGAACUGAUCAUGCAAUUCCACAUUUGUAUGAUAUAAAUACAUUUCAGUGUUAUCUAGCAGCAAAUAUCCCAGAGAUUGGCCCUAAUGGAGCCAUAAAUCAGGUCAGAUAUUCUUGUACAGGUGCCAUGUAUGUUACAGCAUCUAAAGAUGGUGCUAUUCGGUUGUGGGAUGGCAUCACUGCCAAUUGUGUGCGCUCAAUAACUGGAGCUCAUGGAACUGCUGAGGCUACCAGUGCAAUUUUUACAAAAGAUCAAAGGUUUGUCCUCUCCUGCGGGAAGGAUUCUACCAUAAAGCUUUGGGAAGUUGGCUCUGGAAGAUUAGUCAAACAAUAUCUUGGAGCCAUACAUACACAGCUAAGAUGCCAGGCAAUUUUUAACGAGACAGAAGAAUUUAUUCUAUCCAUAGAUGAACUGAGCAAUGAGAUCGUUAUAUGGGAUGCGAUGACAACAGAAAAAGUAGCAAAGUGGCCUUCAAAUCAUGUUGGUGCACCCCGCUGGCUUGAACACUCACCAAUAGAGCCUGCUUUUAUUUCCUGUGGAACUGAUAGGUCUGUUCGUUUCUGGAAGGAAACUCCAUGUUGAUCAACUGCAAGGAGGCUGAAUCCCUAUACAGGCGUUAAUUAUAGAGAUCACUGAAUGAACAUUAACUCAGAAAAUUUCGCCUGUUUUUUGUUCAAUUUCUGGUAAUAGCUUCAUGGCACGAUUCAUAUAAUUUAUGGGUUAAGUGAAUAUAAUGUUGCAGGAACAUAAAACACCCUCUUAGUGACACAUUAAAAGGUGAGCCAUCAUUAUUAUUUUUUAAUUUUUUUUUAAACAGUGGGGUCCAAGAACUGUCUCUAUCAUGUAUCAUGUCCUGUAACAUUAUGCAUAUAUUUCACAUAAUAUAUUAUG